AUGGAAUUGAUUGACCUCGUCGGACUCCGAUACUCUAAAGACAAAGAUAUACCAUUAAGAGUAUGGAUCAAUGGAGUGGGUAACUUACUCGCAUUGCUAUUCUAUAUACUAUUCUAUCAUGUGGUUUCUGUUUUUGCAGCAGCGUUGGCAAUAGUAUUUCCAGACACAGCGAGCUUGGUAAAAAACAGGUGCGGUACAUUCUUCUGGGACUUUGGUUUAUAUCUAAUGCACUGGAACAAGGUCAAGAUCAAAGUUAUGGGAGAUGAACUCAAUCCAAAUCCCGCAGUUGUCAUCAGUAACCAUGCCUCAUUGGCUGAUUGCUUUGUACUCCAGCACUUGUCAAGACUCUCAACAAAAUCCGAAAGAGAUUGCAAGGACGGAUUCCCACACAAUAGAGAUCUCAAAUUACCUAUAAUCAACUUUUUCUCAUGGUUUUUAAUAUGGAGAGUGCCCUCGUUUAAAAUCUUGACUCAUUUGUUGAAAACUGACGAGAAUUGGGAACUUGAAGAGAGUUCAAUCUUGUACGUAUUUGCCAAAUUGCUCAAGAGCAAAUUUUGUGAAUGGAUUGUGUUAUUCCCAGAAGUGAAUGUAUGGACCCUUGAUGGGUAUAAUUUGCAACAACAGAUUGGUGAGAAAUAUUUCCUACCCAAAUUAGAGCAUCUACUCUACCCACGCUACUCGGCUUUCCAUAAUAUAAUCACUGCCAUGACAAAAUUCAAACCUCAUCCGUAUUCCAAUUUGUACGAUUUGACUAUUUUGUAUUGUCGUCGACAACAUGGCGAUGAAGUAAAUUACCAACCGCCUACUUUAUUAGAAAUAUUCUCAUCAAAAGAUCCCAUUACUGUACUCGUUUAUGUCAAGGUUAGAUCAAUUGCUAGAAUCCCCAAUAAGAGAAAAAAAUUGGAAAGGUAUUUGGAACAUUUGUGGAAACACAAGGAUAAGAUAAUAACACAAAUUAAGGAAGAGAAUAAUUUGCACCAAAUGAGAAACUUCAAUCGACACACCACAUUCAGCUCCUCCAUAUCUGGUGUGAUCUAG